CUUAUACAUAUAUAUGUGCAUAUGUAGACUAUUAAAAAUAUAUAGGCAGGUAUGCAUCCAAAAUGAAUGAUUACGAAAUGCUAUGUGCGAUAUAUUAAUGGAUAUAAAUUAAUUGAAUCCUUCCAUCCAUCCAUCCAUUUUUGCUAUUCAUCCAUCUCAAUCAUUCAUCCAUCACAAAUAUAUACAAUAUGAAUAUGACAAAAUGCGACUGCGAGAAGAUAUUUACAAAUGGGCAGGACAGCCGUUGUUGCUCUAGCCACUAAACCCGGAAGUUGAAGUAACCAGGGUAACAAGGUAAGGAGACGCCGAACCGGGAGAGAAGCUGUGGCUCAGACCGGAAGCUCCAAUGUCUCGAAAAGCUCUGAAAGUGGUGGUUGAAUUAAAGCUCAGAGCGGUUUCCUGUCCUGGGGUUCAUCUGCCAGCCAAAGAUGACAUCUACCUCAGCAUGUGUUUCAUGGGCCAGUGCCGUCAGUCUGAGUGUCUCCCUGCCGUCUUCCCUCUGCUGUUUCAUGAGAAGAUGACCUUCGAGAAGAUCUUCAGACAUGCAGUGGACCCCGGAGACAUCGCUGUGAUGCUUGAGUAUGAGACGGUCAGAGUUGAACUGGUGCAGCUGGCCCCUCCCGCGGGGAACAUUCUCGCCUGCUUUGAGGAAGAUGCUCGACGGUUUUUAUUCCCAGAGCCCAGACUGGUUCCCUCCUUCUCCGGAGUGGACCGAGAGGUUCUCAUGACCCGAGCACCUUACUUCCCUGGUAUUGCUCCGAGGUUGGAGUUCUCCACCAAAACCACCAUCAUUGAGAGCUCCGCUGAUUCUGAGAUCAACAUUCACCUCAAUGUACUCAUGAGACCAGCGAUAAAGAGGAACUUGAUGCGCUCCAGCAGACCCAGGACCUCCUCUCCUCAGAGGAACCAGUCUCAAACCUCUGCAAGGAGACGAGGUGGAAGGACAGGCCGAGAGAGACACGGCACAGCCAGGUCGCUGUCACGCAUUUCCAGAUCCCAGUCCCCGCAGAGAAACACCCAGCAUCUGGCCCGGCUCAGCCUGGACCCUGCGGCUCCCAACCCAACCGACGUGGAAGCAGCCAGCACCUCCCGACCCAUGCUGGCUUCGUGGCCGGGAGCCAGUCGAUGGGACUCACCCCAUGUUUCUGCAGUGUUGACCAACUCCUCUUCACCUUUGGUCAGGUCUUCAUCAGCAGUGACAUUCUCUCCAACUGGCAGAAGGAAAUCCAAUGGUUUGGUUGAAGAGACAUCUGAAGACGACUCCGGCUCAGAAACACACGACCUUCAUGACGGCCGUCGUGCUCCUGACCCUUCAGCGUCGUGGCAGUCUGACAAAGGAGCCAGGCACAACAGGUCUCCAUCCAGUUCUCACAGAGAAUGGGAAGAAGUCCAUGAGCGCGUUCGAGGACUCCUUACGACGCCAAAAGCUGUACGCCGACUUCUCUGCGGGGCCACAGUCUCUGAGGUAGACCGGGUUUUGGCCAGAAGGUCCGUCUCUCCAGGUCCGCCCCGAUGACCUGGCCAGGCUCCGAAACGGUGAGGUGGACCUGCCGAGUUUCAAGAACUUUGAAUUUGAAAUAUGCUGCUCCUGGUGGCCUAAUCAUUUGAA